GCUCGACACCACACACCCCUUGGCCGUCUUCCCGUCACCGCGCACCACCACCACCACCACCACCGGCCAUCCAUCCAUCCAUAAUAUAAUCCGAACCUGUUUGCCUCUGCACCAUCACCAUAACCAUAGUCCACUUGAUCUGCGGUUUCUCAAGAACGAACGAAAGCUGGACGCGUACACCACACCACACACACGGAAUAGAAGAUACUUAUACCUGCACAUCUCCACCCAUUUCCGUUUGCACGCGAAACACCCACCCACCUACACACCCACGCACCAACCGUCCGUUUCCACUGCGAUAGCUCCAGCAAGCACACAAACACAAUGACAACGCGUACCAGCUCCAAGCGACCGCUCGUCGCCGACCCCGCAUCCCCCCCGGACUCGAAACGCUACAAGCCCGCGAACCUACCGGCCGACUUCUUCGCCGCCAGCUCUGCCACAGCCCCCGGUGCCCCCCACGCCGCCUCUACUACUACGAAUACUACCACCCCCGAGGAAACAGGUCUCGACGCCGAGUGGGCCCGCUUCGAGGCCGAGGUCGUCGCCGAGCCGGAACUCGGAGCGGCAAUCCCCUCACACGCGGUUAUCUCGGCGGCACCCGUGGCUGCUACCGGAAAGGCGAAGGAGGAGAAGCCAAUGGUGGAGGAAGAUGUGGAGGACGGAGAGGAUGAGGAGGCGCAGGAACGGCUGCUAGAGGAGUUUGAGGAGAUGGAGGGGUUGGAGGAGCGAGUUAGGAAGCUGAAGGAGAGAAGGGAGGCGCUGAGGAAAGUGGGGGAGAGGGAGGGUGGGGGUAUCAGGCUUGAGAUGGGCCGGGAGCGGCCCCGGGCGGAUGAAGGGGAGAGCAGUGGUGAAGAAAGCGAUGACGAGGAGGAGGAGGAGUUUUUUCUUAGAGGGCGGUAGUGGUGGGGGUUACGCUGCGACCGUUAUUUGAUGCAUCAUACUGGCUGGGUGGCAUAUAUAGAGGACUCGAACCGACAAACGCAUUUGCAAUUCAAGCACG